GGGAGUAUCAUAACAUCAAAGUGUAUCGUUUUAACUUUUUGUUUUGCAGAAGAACGGGGACCGUAAGUGUCAUGUUGACUUGACAAGGGCUUUACCGGAUAGAAUGCUAUCGUUCAAAGAAGUUGGUAGAGUCUCGAAAUAUAUCGGCAGUACAUACCAGACGUUCUUUGCCGAACUGGAUUGUACAGUUGCGCUAGUGGAGCAGGAGAUGGAAGAGCACCGUCACCUCGCCUUUAGAUCUCGCAUAGCAAAGAUAUUCGUUCACCUCCGCAAAACGAAGGCUGAUACUGGAUUCCUGGCUAUAUCAGAUGCAAUGUCACGACAUGGAAUGGACCCUUCCAUGCUCAUUGGUAUUCUGGACUCCAACAGAAGUAUACUGUUUCAAGACGAGGCAUUGUCAGAGAGAUGGUUAAAGACGAAAUUGUCUGACAAUGAUGCUCUAGUCAUUGCUGAUCAUGUGGAUGUCAAAUCAUAUUUCAGCCUAUUCCUUGAGCUUGGGUUACCGCCCAAAACAGUGGAUGAUUUUGACGACAACUACAGAAACAAGAAAACUCGAGUGAAGAUCACUGCUUUGCUGAAAGCGUUAAUUAAGGAGACCAAGCCGCGCCCAACUGUAAAUGCACUUCUCCUGGCGAUGCGGGAAUGCGACAUGGACACCGAAUCCGUCAUUAGAGCACUGAAACCCUCUUAGGUUAGAUACUACAAUGUGUUUAAUCCCUUGGGCUGGCGUGAGUUUCAGUAAAGAAUAUGUGUUCUACAGAGAUGGGGGCCAAACUGG